GCCCCCGCCGCCUUCCGGGGCGGAGCGCGGGCGGGCCGCGGCGCAGCGAAGGGGAUCGGGGCCGGUGGAACCAUGAUGGCGCAGCGGGCACUUCCGAACCCUUACGCCGACUACGACAAGUCCUUGGCCACCGGCUACUUCGAUGCUGCCGGGAGGCUGACCCCCGAAUUCACACAGCGGCUGAAUAACAAGAUUCGGGAGCUGCUCCAGCACAUGGAGAGGGGCCUCAAGUCUGCGGACCCGAAGGACUGCACCGCGUACACUGGCUGGGCAGGCAUUGCUGUGCUGUAUUUGCACCUCUAUGAUGUAUAUGGAGACCCAGCCUACCUUCAGGCGGCCCAUGAGUACGUAAAGAAGAGCCUGAGCUGUCUGACAAGACGAUCCAUCACGUUCUUGUGUGGAGAUGCCGGGCCCCUGGCAGUGGCUGCUGUUGUCUACCACAAACUGCAGAACCACAAGCAGUCAGAAGACUGCAUCACUCGUUUGCUCCAUCUUCACAAGCUCGACUCCCGAGUGCCAGAUGAGCUGUUGUACGGGCGCAUGGGCUAUCUCUAUGCACUGGUGUUUGUGAACAAGCACUUCGGAGAGGAAAAGAUCCCUCAGAGUCACAUUCAGCAGGUCUGUGAAGCUGUUGUUGCCUCAGGAGAGAGCUUGGCUAAAAGGAGGAACUUCACAGCAAAGAGCCCACUGAUGUAUGAGUGGUACCAGGAGUACUAUGUAGGGGCAGCCCAUGGUUUGGCUGGGAUUUACUACUAUCUCAUGCAGCCUGGCCUUGGAGUAAGCCAAGUAAAACUGCACAACGCGGUCAAACCCAGCGUGGACUACGUCUGCCAGCUCAAGUUCCCUUCUGGCAAUUACCCUCCCUGCAUCAAUGACACCAGAGACCUACUCGUCCACUGGUGCCACGGGGCACCAGGCGUUAUCUACAUGCUUCUCCAGGCCUACAAGGUUUUUGGGGAACAGCAGUACUUAAAUGACGCCCUGCAGUGUGCAGAAGUGAUCUGGCAGUACGGGUUACUGAAGAAAGGCUACGGCCUGUGCCAUGGCACAGCUGGCAAUGCUUACAGCUUCUUGGCACUGUAUAACCUCACUCAGAACAUGAAAUACCUGUACAGGGCCUGCAAGUUUGCAGAGUGGUGUUUAAGCUAUGGCCAACAUGGGUGCCGGACUCCAGACACUCCAUUCUCUCUCUUUGAAGGAAUGGCUGGAACGAUUUACUUCCUUGCUGACCUGCUGGUGCCAACUAAGGCCAAGUUCCCUGCAUUUGAACUCUAAAGCUGAGCUUGGCAGUGUCCUGCCUGAAUCCUUCUGCACUUGGAAAAGCAGUUCGGAGCCGCUUUCUCCUCCUUCCGAACUGUUCUUCACCUAACUGAAGGGAAACCCAUCCUCCUGAGGGCAUGCUGAGUUCUCUAAUACUUCUAGUCAUCUCGUUGCAUUGUUUCCAUUUAAAAGACAGAAUGCAGGUUUGGCUGGUGUCUCUUAAAAACACAGGGCUGCAGGUGGGAGCAGGGAGAAAAUACACAGGAUUUUGUUGCCUACAGAGUUUUGCCAUUUUCCGUAUCCUGUUUUCUGCGUCCCAUUUCCUGGCUGAAAGUUUUCUAUUGAAUGCAUCUUUGGCUAGUUAUUUCUUUGUGCUGACAAAUACUAGCAGGAAUUUAGUUGCCUUUGGAAAACAAAAGAUGAAAAACUGGGACUAUUGCCCUGCGAGUUGCUUGUAAGUGUUUCCCUGUCGGAAUACCCAGGGAGCAGGCAGUUGAGUACCUGGGCUGCUCCACAUAAAGCAAAUGUGAUGGGCUGUGGAGACUUUGUAUAUGUUUUUUAAACAUGAAAUUGCAAGUGGCACAGCUGGGACUGUCCUGAAUUCCCACCUAUCUGCUUUGAAGACAAAGGCUAUGUAUAACUCCUGUGCAUUUUUUCCCAGUGACAGACAAAUGAUCCACUAGUUUUUGUGCCUAUUUGCCACAUUAUGCUAAACCUUGCAAAAGUCCAUUGAUCAUCUAAUGGCAAACUCCAGUCUCAAAGUGAGCUAAGCAUGCUUGCUGGUGUGGUCUCUUCUGCUUAGCUUUGAAGGUUUAUUUUGCAGCCUUUCUUUAGCUGUGUAUGAAUGUGAGAGGUGGUGCCAGGCCCACCAGCAGCAGCAUGCGUAAAGCAAUGUAUUCCACUGAGUUCUGCCAGCAUUUAACCUAUUCCCUGUAUGGAUGUUGUUUACAUGCUUGCUUUUAUAAGCUUUCUUGAACCUGGAUAAUUUGAGUCACUUGUUUGCCUUGUUACUGCUUGUUGUAGUUUGAUAUGCAACCACACAUCUACCCACCUGGAACAUCUGCUCUAGGUUAAAUAGCUUUGACCCAUCAAGCAGAUCAGAUGCUUGCAAGGGACCUGACCCUGUAAGCAACAUUCUUAGCACUGAGCAUGAGCUGAACACUGAGCACAGUGAGAGUUACUGAUGCAGCCAUAGCGCUUUGUGCUGUUUGAGAGCAGCUCCUCAGCCUGCACAAGAGUGGAUGUGGGGUUUGAUUUUUAAGGGCCCAGUUGCUGGGUGCCUCAGGCCACCUAAGAGCAGGCGAGCAGCUGCAGGGCAACACAAGCAACCUCCAAGCCAGCACUCCUGCACCAGUGAUAGUGAAGCAGAAGGACCAAACCUGGCACACUAACACAGCUACCUGACAUGUGCUUGAAUGCGAGGUAGCCUAGCCACAGCAUAGGCAGACCCUCAAGAACCUUCUGGAAGGGCAGCAAAGAGUAGAAACCAUUCCUGGAAGGCUGCCUGUCUCCUUAAAAACCAGCCUCCUGCUGCCAUCACGUGUUUCUGGAAGUUCAUCCAAAGACAGCCUGAAGCGCAGAGCAGCUCAGUCUGCUUUGGGCUGGGCAUCCCUGUCAGAAGCCUCAAGCUCAUGCAGACCUUUCCCAAUCGUUCACAGAACCUAAACAACACAGGGAGGUGACUGGGAAGGAGGAAGCACAGCCCUGAGGGUGGGAUUUGGCUAAUCAAACAGUUUGGGGGUAGGAGCUUGGCUGGUGUGAUGGCAGUGCAGGACACUGCUCUGAGCCUGGGUUUCUUCUGGGCACUGCUGCUGCAAAGGAGAUGGUUCCUGCAGCCUGGUGCCAUGGCAGCAUGAGGGUUGGUACACUGAUGGUCAGGGGAUCAUCAGGGUACAGCUGUGAACUGGGGUACACGUGUUUGUGGAGCACUGUUUAAUAAAAAUACCAAACCUAA